AUAUUUGCACACUUUCUCUUUCUCUCACCCCGCUCCUUCUCCCCACCCCAGUUCCCACUCACAUAUUCGUCCACACACAGAAUCCAUGGCCAUGGCAACCAGUUGUGGCUCCAUGACUAAACCUCCAAUUACCUUCAAAACUCCCUUUGUCAAUAAACAAGCCUCUAAUUGGAUACCUGCUACAAUCAGCAAUGGCACUGGUGGUAUGUUCACUGUGGCAAGCAGAAAUUCGAGAAAUGGGUUCCAAGUUCGUGCUGUCACUGGAGACCCGGGCUCUCGCAAUGCGUCUGAUGUAAAGUUCCCAACUGAUUACACACAACUUCUGAUGCAGUUGCUUAGCAAGGAUGUGCCUCAAGUAUUCAAAUGUCAAACUCAACUGGGGGCUAAAGAAGCUGCUGAAUCAGCUUUUAAGGAUGGAAAGCAGCUGCUGGAAAUUGAGUUCCCUACAGCUGGACUACAAACUGUGCCAGGUGAUGGUGAAGGAGGAAAUGAGAUGACUGGAAGCAUGCUUCUCAUUAGAGAAUUUUGUGAUCGCUUUGUACCUGCAGAAAAAUCAACUCGAACCAGAGUAUUCUUCCCUGAGGCAAAUGAGGUUUCUUUUGCAAGACAGUCAGCCUUUGAAGGAUGUUCACUGAAGCUAGAUUAUCUUACAAAACCAUCCUUAUUCGAAGAUUUUGGUUUUACAACAAAAGUCAAAAUGGCAGAUCGUGUCAAACCAGAAGAUGAGACAUUCCUGGUGGCUUAUCCUUACUUCAAUGUCAAUGAAAUGCUUGUGGUCGAAGAACUUUACAACGAAGCAGUAGUUGGGACCAACCGGAAAUUGAUAAUAUUCAAUGGAGAACUAGAUCGAAUAAGAAGUGGAUACUAUCCAUCGUUCUUCUACCCAAAACUUGCAGAGCUUUCCAAAACAUUUCUCCCGAAGCUGGAUACAGUUUACUAUAUUCACAAUUUCAAGGGAGUUAAAGGGGGAACACUUUUCAGGUGUUACCCUGAACCUUGGAAGGUCCUGAGAAAAGCAUCGUCUGGCAGCUACAUCUGCCUGCAUCAACAAGAGGAAAUGCCUUCACUGAAGGAAGUGGCCCUCGACAUCCUUCCUUCUGUAUAGCUAGGAUCUUUCGAGAAUUACAUGUCAAUAAGAAAGUUUACCAGAAAAGGCAUAAACUGUUAUCCAAUGCUUCAUGGCUGUUUUUUUCUUUGUUCUACAUAGGAAGGUAGAAAGGGUACAAGCGAUCAGGUCUUCAUUUCCCACUUGUUUGGUUUUUAUAUACUUGUGCACAAGAUUGUAGAUUUUGCUGACUGCUAAGUUGAAUAUUGCCAGAAGAUGCCCAUGGAGCAUUAUAGAAAGCAUCAA